CGCAUGCUCUGGGGCAGUUCGCGGCCGGGCCGGCGAGCGGAGGAGUUGCUUGUGGCGGACCUGCAGCGAGGAAAGGAAGAUGCCACCCAAACGUAUAGCUAAGAGAAGGUCACCCCCAGAAGAUGCUCUCCCCAAAAGCAAGAAGGUGAAGGUCUCCCAUAGGUCCCACAGCACAGAACCAGGCAUGGUGCUAACACUGGGCCAGGGCGACGUGGGCCAGUUGGGGCUAGGCGAGAAUGUGAUGGAGAGGAAGAAGCCGGCCCUGGUUCCCAUUCCGGAGGACAUCGUGCAAGCCGAGGCUGGGGGCAUGCAUACUGUGUGUCUAAGCAAAAGUGGCCAGGUCUACUCCUUCGGCUGCAACGAUGAGGGUGCCCUGGGAAGGGACACAUCAGUGGAGGGCUCAGAGAUGGUCCCCGGGAAAGUGGAACUGCAAGAGAAAGUGGUACAGGUGUCAGCAGGAGACAGUCACACAGCAGCCCUCACUGAGGAUGGUCGCGUUUUCCUCUGGGGCUCCUUCCGGGACAAUAACGGUGUGAUUGGACUCUUGGAGCCCAUGAAGAAGAGCACGGUGCCCGUGCAAGUGCAGCUGACCGCGCCUGUAGUGAAGGUGGCCUCAGGAAAUGACCACCUGGUGAUGCUGACAGCUGAUGGUGACCUCUACACUUUGGGCUGCGGGGAGCAGGGCCAGCUGGGCCGUGUGCCUGAAUUAUUUGCCAACCGUGGUGGCCGGCAGGGCCUUGAACGACUCCUGGUUCCCAAGUGUGUGAUGCUGAAAUCCAGAGGGAGCCGGGGUCAUGUGAGAUUCCAGGACGCCUUCUGUGGUGCCUACUUCACCUUUGCCAUCUCCUGCGAGGGCCAUGUAUAUGGUUUUGGCCUCUCCAACUAUCAUCAGCUUGGAACCCCAGGCACAGAAUCUUGCUUUGUACCCCAAAACUUGACAUCCUUCAAGAACUCUACCAAGUCCUGGGUGGGCUUCUCUGGUGGCCAGCAUCAUACAGUCUGCAUGGAUUCGGAAGGAAAAGCGUACAGCCUGGGCCGGGCUGAGUAUGGGCGACUGGGCCUUGGGGAGGGCGCCGAGGAGAAAAGCAUACCCACCCUCAUCCCAAGGCUCCCUGCUGUCUCCUCAGUGGCUUGUGGGGCCUCCGUUGGGUAUGCUGUGACCAAGGAUGGCCGUGUUUUCGCCUGGGGCAUGGGUACCAACUACCAGCUGGGCACAGGGCAGGAGGAGGAUGCCUGGAGCCCAGUGGAGAUGACUGGCAAACAGCUGGAGAACCGUGUGGUCUUAUCGGUGUCCAGUGGGGGCCAGCACACAGUCUUACUAGUCAAGGACAAGGAACAGAGUUGAUGAAGCCUCUGCGGGCCUGGCUCCUGGCCCUGCCACCCUCCCUCCUGGAACUGGGAAGCUAUGACAACUACAGACUCCAGCAGGCCUCCCCCAGCCCCGAAUAUUCUGUCAUCUCCUGCCUUUUUCCUAUCAGCAGAACAGAAUCCUUUUCCUCUUUUCUGUCCUCCUUUCCUGAAUCAUCUUGCAACCUACAAGAUGAAGGGGAGUGGGGGGAAAUGGAAGAGGGGAGGGGGUUUUGGCAGCCGGAACAUUGCUCACCCCAGAGCUAUGUGGUUAGACCUUUCCCCCUCAUCCCUACCUCCAUGGUUCUGGCUGACCCUGAUUUUGCCUGCCAAAAACCAAAAAUUCCUCCCCUGGGGAUUUGGUGCCCACGUUCUGAAAAGUUGGGGAUUCUCAAGCCCUACUCUAGCCAUGUGCCACUCUCUGUCCUUCACGAUCCACAGGCAGACAAAUGGUAUGGUGGUCAGACCCAGCUGUCAUGGACCUAUGCCUGGGGGAAACCGGAGAUGGGGCAGGGCUGCCCAGCCAUGGACAACCCCAAGCCAAAUAUUUGGCCCUCAACAGAUGUCCAUGGGGAAGAAUAAACAAUGAUCCUCCACUUGAUCAAGAAAAAAGCCAAUCAGCCUUUCUCCCAGAAGCACAAAGCAUUCUGCCCUUCAGGCAUUGCCUGAGUAUCCUGCCCAUCUGACCUGCCUUACCUGCAGCCAAGGGCCUGACGUCUGGAAAGGAAGCUACAUCUGCAGGGCAGGACAUGGAGGGAGUGGGGAAGGAGAGUUUUAUAAACAAACUUAUAGCAAUAUUGACAGUGAAGGGAGGGAGGGGAAAGGGGUCAGAAGGGCAGAGGCUGGUGCCCAGAAGGGGAAGCAGCAGCUUGUACAGUGGCUGAGAAAAUAGAAAACAGUUUUGAUUUUUUUUAAAUAUAAAGUAUUUUGGAGAGGUGAGUGAAAUCUUUUAACACUUUGAAUAAAUUUAGAGUUUUAUAAAACAGGCCACUUGUUUUUUACAUACUCCCAGCUUUUUUAAGGGAGCACCUGUCAUGUUGGAAAGAGCAGAAUAAACCCAAACCUAUGCACCUGGUCAAGGCUAGGACUUAAGUGAUGUCGUGAUGUCCUGGUAUGUGCCAGUCAGCUAUUGAUGUGACUGUUCCAUACAAGUCAAAAAAGAAAAAAAGAGUUGAUUGAUUUUUGCUUAGGUAUUUAUGUUUCAGGAAUCAGUGGAUUUAAAAAAAAAAAAAAACUAUGCUGCAGUUUUUUAGGAUAUUAAAAGAUCCAUCUUUUAAUAUCUUUUAAUAUCUUUUAAUAUCCUAAUCCCAAACCAAGAUUUGAGUACAGUACAUAUCUACAAAUACUUACACUAAGCUUGCUGUUAUAUCAUUCUCAACAGCUGAUGUAAUUAAACAUGGUUAACUGCA